AUGACGGCAACUGUAGACUCGUCUUCUGCACAUGCGGCAGUGUCUGCCUCUGCAGCACCAACAGCGCCCGCCAUGGGUUACUCGUAUGCCAAUUCAACCGCCAGCGACGCCCCCUCCCUUGCCUCGGCAUCCACCUUCACUACCACACCGCCAAUCGUCGCCAAUGUCAAGCCUGCGCCCGAAUACAUCUCGCUAUCCAGCGCCUCCCAGCUGGCCACUGAGAUAGCUGAUGCUCGCGCCGACGAGGACCGUUCAUGGCGACUUCAUCCCAGAGCCACCGUAGCCGAGAACGCCGUCGCUGCAAUCAAUCAGUUCCUCGAUCGCCAGCUCUACGAAUAUAUUAGUGUCGCCAGAACCACUUCGCUCAACGCCUUGAAGCCCGCUGUUACCGAAGUCCUCAAANAGAAUCUCGCAAGGGAUGCAAUCGCCAGUGCUGAAGACAACCUCGAGGAUCUCCUCGCUCUGCAGGCAGACGAUGAGUUCAACGACGAAUCUCGUCCAUCGAGCCAGAGCGGUGCCAGAUUCAACCUCGACUUUACAUGGAAGAGAUCGCGUCUAAGAGUCAUGAUGCGCACAGAAAAGAGCGAGUUUGAUAUUGAUGACGAUGAGCGCUAUGUGCGCGAGGAAGGCCUCAACACAACGUUUUCAGAGACCGCCGGCGUUAUCAGUCUGGCAUCCGAGAUCUUCUUGGCUGGCGUGCUUGACUAUUUGGGUGAGAUGCUGCUCACUAUGGCAUCUCAAGUCGCCCUUAGUCGUGUUCAACGUGCCGCUACAAGCUCGAACUUGCCUGGUAAUAGCGACGAAGUCACAUACGUUCUCGUCGAUGACGGUGACCUGGAGCGAGCUGUCCUCAAUUCUCCUCUGGAUCGUCAGUGGCGUGCUUGGAAGAAGUCGAUUCGCAUGCUAAAUCGUGCUUCCCAGCAGAGCCACUCAGUUGCAAGCAGUCCAGUUGUAAUUCGCAGAGGCAGUUUGUGGGACCGCGUCUCAGACCACCCCGAGAACAAUUACCCCGAGCAUGUUCUGGCUUCCAACAUUCCAUUGCCCGAGAACCAACGCGAUGUUGAUGAGAUUGAAGUCCCAGGUCUUGCCAGGGACCCCGAUCGGCCGGAGUCUGCUCAGCAAACUUACCAAGGUCCUCGAUUUUACCGUCCGCAGAGCGCUGGUUUUGGUGCUCAUCGACAACAUCAGUCAGUGAACCUCGCUAAAACUCGACCCGUCUCAGUUCCUAUGCCCAUGACGACUCCACUCGUCGAAGCUCCCGGUGCCUGGCCUACUGAUACGCCGGUUGUGGAGAUUGUCAAUCCUAAUGCACAGUAUGCCGAAGGCCAAGCAGGAGAAGGUCUCCCCAGCGUACAGAUGGACGAUUCUGAGAGACCAGAGUCAAGGGACAGCGCUCAUACCGAAAAAGCUUCCAUUUCGUCUCAGCCCACAAGUCUCAAUGAGACUCUGCCCGCCAUGAAGGUAGUACAGCGACCUAAGAGACUCGCCAUUUACGGUCCUUCAUCAGCCAGAUAUACACAAGCAUUCAAUCUUUCUCAAGAGGGUUUAGAGCUUGCUGCAGACUUGGACCGUCCUUUCAGCCCUGAAGACUUCUUGGCAAGUCGAAAUUUGAGUGGCUCUCACUCGGGUUUGACACCUACAUCCAGUCACAGUAAACCUCAAGCCCUCGGCUCUCCUGCCGAGCUUUCUGCUGAGACAUUCAUGGAGUCCGACAGCGGCAGUGAUACAGAAAACGAGCCAGAACCCAUUGUUCAUACAGCCCUCAGCUCUCCCGUCAUUGCUACCAGUCCUUUGGCGAGACAGUUCCCUGGUCUAGGGAUUUCAAGGUCCGGAUCAGGAGCUUCCUCAAGACGCGAGAGAACUCCGGUCUCUGAACAACGCGUCUCAGCCGACUUUGUGAAGACGAGAAGGAGUUCAAAGUUGACAGAUUCAGACUCAAGUAGUCCUGGCAAGACAAGCAGCCUUCGACAAGUUUCAAGACAAAGUGUGGAUGAACGAAAGAAGCUUCCUACCUCAUCCAUGACAUCGGAANAAGACUUUGAUGCUCUUCUGCAGAGAGACGAAACAAUCAAAUACACGUUAACACCGGAAAAUGUCAGAGACUCGUCUGAUCGCAUAUUUAGCCCACAAUCAAGAGCCCGAAAACCAACCUUGUUGAGCUCGAAUUCCCGGGAGAACUCCAGAAAAGACAGUGAUGCAGUAUCGGUACGCUCCAACAGUGCAAAAGCGGCCAGUCAAAAGAAGGACUCAAAACCAGUUGAGGAAGCCAGGAGAAAGACUUCAAUCAGUCGUCCCUCGCCGCAGAACUUGCAUGUUCUAUCUUCAGGACAGAUGGCGCGUGAAGCAGUCAUGCAGACUGAGUCAACAAGAGACCUCGCAGACUUCCUCCGCUCGACUGCUCCGGAUAGGGAACCGAACCCAAUCGUUCCUGGUCUUGCUACUAGCCGCAGUCUGUCUUCCAUCCGCGCCACAGCUCAGGCACAGGCCGCAAGCGCGAGAGAUGCUCCACCGGUACCCAAGCCAACCACUUCUGGCGGCGGCAAGUACAUUCCAAGAAGCCCCGCAGGGCCACCACCANAGCGUUCAGCCAACCGACCCAACUUGACGGCUAGAGCAGCAACAGGAUCGUCUGAUAACAACAGCGACCUGAUUGACUUUAUCAGAGGUGGUCCGCCUGGUCCCGAUGGCAAGGCUCGCGUCCCAAAGAACAUCGCUCCCUUCGCAGACUGGGAUGGUGGUGCGUCGGAUAUGCCUCAGAAUUCGAGUCUUAACAGGCCUUUGACUUCUUCCACGUCCGACUCUCGUACUGGACUGUUGAUGAACGGAUCCUCAAGCACCAACUACGGCAGCAGUAGCACACCCAAACUGCCUAUGUCGCCCUUGACUCAGUCCGGCUCCCCUGCCUUGAAUCUUCUCCUACCUAACACACGUUCUGUUGUCGGCAGCGACGGUCGUACACGAAGUAGAAUCAAGGAUCCUUAUGCCAUUCCUGACGAUUCGGAUGAUGAGGACGAUGAAGAUGACGUGCUUGCCGCACUGCCAGCUACUACCAGCAACAGUGCUACUGUGGCAGGUGCUGAGAAGUCACGAUCUGGCUCAAUCACCGACAUGCACUCUUCAGCUGGACGUUCUCCUGCUUUGGGCAACGGCACCACUCCUACUUUGUCGCCCAACCCGGGAUAUGCUCCAAGUAUCAACAGCAUUCGCACAAAUACCUCGACUACUGCAGUUCGUCCUGCCCAUAUUACCUCACAGAUUUCCAGUGGCAAUAUACCUCGCAGCAACAAGCCAAAGAUGGAGAUACGCUCAGCUGGUGUGGUCAGGAAUGCUAGGCUCGAUCCAUACCACUCUUCUGGCACAAGCGAUCUUGCUGAUUUCCUUAUGUCAUCGGGGCCUCCGGAGCCAGUACAGCGAUCUGCUCCUGCUCCUGCUGUCGGUAAGAAUGGCAAACCAGAGAAGGCCGAGAAANAGAAGACCAAGUUUUGGCAGCGGUCUUCUUCUGCCAAGAACACUUACGUUGACAUGCCCUGA